GGCCGCCCUUGACCAGGGAAGGGCUCUCGCCGGCAUCUCCGGUUUAGGAGCCCUGGAAACCCCCGAGGGGUCCACGAGGGUGGAGUGGGGGGCAGGGCUGGGUGGCGGGAUGGAAGUUGGACUGAGGUGGGCGUUCAUACUUGUGCGGGGAAGGGUCCCGGCCUCGCUAUGAUGCCCCGGCAGUGUGCCAAGUGCGCCCCCCUCACUGGUCCUGCCUGGCUCUCCUCGCAGGGAAAAGUCUGAAGACGCUUAUGUCCAAGGGGAUUCUGCAGGUGCACCCUCCGAUCUGCGACUGUCCGGGCUGUCGAAUAUCCUCCCCGGUGAACCGGGGGCGGCUCGCAGACAAGAGGACUAUUGCCCUGCCCCCUGCUCGGGUCCUGAAGAAAGAACUGACCCCCGGCUUCUUGGCCAGUGAUGGCGACAGCGAUGGGAGUGGACCAGCCUAUGGGCAGCGGCCGGGCUUGAAGCAGGAGGAGGACCCACACGUCCGUAUCAUGAAGAGAAGGGUCCACACCCACUGGGAUGUGAACAUCUCCUUCCGAGAGACAUCUUGCAGCCAGGACGGCGACCUCCCCACCCUCAUAUCCAGUCUGCAUCGCAGCAGCCACCUCGUUAUGCCCGAGCAUCAGAGCCGUUGUGAAUUCCAGAGAAGUGGCGUGGAGAUUGGCCUGGGAAGUGCAGGUGACCUGUUGGGCAAGAGGCUGGGCCGCGCCCCCCACAUCAGCACUGACUGCCCUUUGGAGAAAAAGGCUCGAAGCAAGUCCCCCCAAGAGACCCUGUUGCUGCCAGAGCUAGGGCCCAGCAUGGCCCCCGAGGAUCACUACCGCCGGCUCAUGUCCGCACUGAGUGAGGCCGGCACCUUUGAGGACCCGCAGCGUCUCUACCACCUGGGCCUCCCCAGCCAUGGCCCUCCCACUCCACUCCAGGAUGUGGCAGUGUCAAGUGCCUCCUCCAGGGGGCCUCUGGGUCGGCCUGUGGGAGGCCCCAGAGGAGGGGAGCAGGCAGCCUCAGAACUUCUGCUGGUGGAGUCCAGAAGGCAGGGUGGGCAGCAGUUGAGAUUUGGCCACCAGAACCUCACUGGCAUUCGGGAGAAGCCCAGCUGGAGCUGGGUCAGUGUGAGGAUGUGCUCUCACACUGGUCCUGGUCUCGGUGUCCUUGGCCAGUGCUCUAUGCUCGCCACAGUGGGGGGAGUGAGAGCUCAGGGGGAACCUGGCCUCUGGGUCACUGCUGUUGCGCCCCCUUCCCCAGACCUUCUGAGGGUCCGGCAGGAAGUGGCAGCAGCAGCUGUGAGGAGCCCCAGUGGCCUGGAAGUCCACCUGCCCUCAUCCACAGCAGGUCAGCGUCGGAAGCAGGGCCUGGCUCAGCACCGAGAGGGCACCGCUCCAGCUGGCGCCCCGUCCUUCUCAGAGAGGGAGCUGUCGCAGUCGGCCCCCUUGCUGUCGCCCCAGAAUGCCCCGCACAUCGCCCUGGGCCCCCACCUCAGGCCUCCCUUCUUGGGGGUGCCCUCGGCUCUGUGCCAGACCCCAGGUUUCGGCUUCCUGCCCCCCGCCCAGGCGGAGGUGCUCGCCCGGCAGCAGGAGCUGCUGCGGAAGCAGAACCUGGCGCGGUUGGAGAUGUCCGCGGAGCUGCUGCGGCAGAAGGAGCUGGAGAGCGCGCACCGCCCGCAGCUGCUGGCGCCCGAGGCUGCGCUGCGCCCUCCGGACGGCGCCGAGGAGUUGCGGCCCCCGGGCCCUGGCCCCCCCAGCCCGACCCGGGAGCCUGCCCGCCGAGCCCCUCGGAAGGGGAGCUCCAGCCCUGCCUCAGCCCGGCCCAGUGAGCCCAAGGAGACCACCGGGGCUGGGCUCUGGGUACAAGAUGGCUCUGAAGAUGAGCCCCCCAAGGACUCAGACGGAGAGGACCCCGAGAUGGUGGCUGUUGGGGGCCGGGGCCCUACCCCCGGUCAAGCCCCAACUGGAGGGGCCAGCUCAGAGGGGAAGGGGCUUGUCUCAGGGUCCAUGCUGCCCCCUCCACUGCCCCUGGGCUUGCCCUACAUCAGCCCCUACUUCCACACAGGCGCCAUGGGGGGACUCUUCACGGAUGGGGAGGAGACCACAGCCCCUGAGGAUGUCAGCAAGUGGACAGUGGAGGAUGUCUGCAGCUUUGUGGGGGGCCUAGCUGGCUGUGGAGAAUACGCACCGAUCUUCAGAGAACAGGGGAUCGAUGGGGAGACCCUGCCCCUGCUGACUGAGGAGCACCUCCUGACCACCAUGGGGCUGAAGCUAGGGCCUGCUCUCAAGAUUCGGGCACAGGUGGCCAAGCGCCUGGGCCGAGUCUUCUACAUGGCCAGCUUCCCUGUGGCUUUGCCCCUGCAGCCACCAACGUUGUCGGCCCCUGAGCGGGAGCUCACCUCAGGAGAGCAGCCCCCGUCCCCAGCAAUGGCUCCCUCGCCCUAUGGGGGACAACCCACUGCUGGCCGAGCCUCACCCAAGCAAGAGAACGGGACCAUGGCUCUGCUCCCAGGGCCUUCAGACCCCUCCCAGCCUCUGUGCUGAGGUCUGGCCCCUAGCCCCUUAGUGCAGCCGCUGCAAUGCAAAGGCUCCUCCCCCACAGCUUGUUUUCCUUUGGUCUUGGAAGCAAACACACACAAAGAACUUUUAAAAGAAAAACAUUUGACUUAAGAGAAAAGGAACGUGUUUCCAAAGACCUGGGGGAUGACGGUAGAGCCUGGUGUACAUGGCCUGGGGAUCCGAACCUGGGCACUGCAGACAAACCAAAGACAAGCAGUUCGCUGGCCCUGGCUGUGCCUCUGGCUCCCUCUGGAACUGAGACUGCUGUGAGAUUUUCAGCUUCCCUCACAGGGACCCGCCACCCUGGGGUGCAGCAGUGGGCAGGCUCCACGGUGCAGGCAGUCCCAAAGGCUCCCUCUCCAGCGAUCAGCACAGCGAUUGGUACUUUCUGGUCUUUUAUGUUGUAAAAAUAAAGCCCCAUCCACCAUCUA